UUAGUUAAUGUUUUCUUAAUUUAGUUCUUUGUUAACAUUUAUUGUAUUAACAUAUGUAAAUGUAUGUGAGCAUGGCUGAAUUGCGCUUAAAUGUUGCCAUUGGAAUACUCUUUGCACAGGUUCUGCAGCCCUAUACAUAUGUUCUCCACUGACCACCACUGGAAAUUCGAAAUCUGCGUUCUAUGCACGGUUGAUGAGGGGGUGUAAAUAUUAUGCGCACGGCGAGAGAGAGAGAGAGAGAGAGACUGGAAUGAAUCAAUGUGGCAAUGCAUAUACCACCUCAAAAAGUUCAGCUUCCUCGCUUAACUCUUAACAUUAAAAGCGCUUUUACUCGCACAACAAAACUUUCUUAAUUUUACCAAAAAGAGCAAAAAGGCGAUGAAAGCUGUAGAAAUUUUGCAGAUUUACUGUAAAUUCAAUGCGCGUACAGGAGGUUCGCAUUUCAUAUGUUCAGAAAGAGCAAGUCCUUCGCGGCAAAUGGCUGUGUUCUCUAUUUUGUUCAUGGAAAAUUAAAAAUAUACAAGCAAAAAUAUUUAGAAAGCGCAUAAAAAUUAUUGUUUUGUCUCUGUAUAUUUUAAUUACGCUUCAAAGUGGCAAAUCUGCUAUUAUUUGCAUUGUGUUUAAGCUAAAUCACAACAGUGCUAAGGAAUUAAUAUUUAAUUAAGUAUUGAAUUUUUUCUAUUUUUACAAUAAAACAACAUGUUAUUUGUUGACAAAUAAAAGUAAAAGUGUUUGGCAUAUUUGGUGUGUGGCUUUAAAGAGCGCCCGUACAGUGAGUGAAAGUGGUAAAGACGCAAUAAAAGGGUUUGAAUCAAGUCAAUAUUUAGUGUUUAUAUUUUUGUCUUUCAAGAAAAUAAUAUUUAAUUUUGAUUGCUUAGACUUGAGUAAUGUAGUGCAGGGAAAAACAGUGCAACAACAUAUCUAAAUCGUCGAAAAGAUGAGGAAAAAUUAAGAAAAAUAGCAUAUUUAAUCGUGAUAUUUAAUGGCGUAGACAAAAUUUAGAUUAUCAGCUACUAUCUACAAGGAAAUUUACAUUGACGUCUUCUACAAGGCAGUUAAAAAUUAGUAACAUAAUCCAGAAAACGACCCCACCAAAAUUUUUUUUAGACACCAAGGGUAAAAAAUUAAAAAUAUUCACCAAUAUUUUACUGUAAAAAAAAUCAAACACCUGGAAACCUUUAGCUGUGGUCCAUAAUAUUCAAACUUAAAUCAUACUUAUACCAGUAGUGGUGUACUUUAUACAUCCGUAAAACCCAAAAAAUACUUGGAGAACCAUACAAACAAGUGCAUUUUAGAUGCUCGUCUUUUUCAUACAGUCUCAAGCAUCGGCGUUAGUACAAACCUUUUCGAAAUUGACAUUUGGCACGUCAACUUUACAACCUUACAACCUUACAACCUACAAUAACAACAGUAAGAACAAUCCACUAUAAUUUGGGUUGUGUAUUUGCACGCAGCGCAGCAUAACUCACACACACACACACACACACACACCCAUUCGUGCAAUACAAACACAUUUUUCGGCUGCCUCACUGCACAUUUGUCGGCGUCGGCAAUUUCCGUAAAUUUUGUCAAAUCCUGUCAAUUUUACUUAAUUCUCUGUCAAACUGAGUGCGAAGGGGAAGAAGAAAAUUUCACCAAUGUUAUGCUGUGGAUUCUGUUGCGGCAAUAUGUCGAAACGUGAUUACAAGGUAGCCACAACGGAUGGCAUCGAACUGGAGCCGUUGGGUGGCGAGAAAAUCGACAAAGAAAAGGAUAAGGAUAAGGAAAAGCAAACGAACGGUGUGACUUUCGGUGGCGAAUCGAGUGGUCGACAGACGCGUCAGGGAGUCGCUGUUUGUUCGCAGAGACGCGCGCUACUGGUUGCUGGCAUUGUUUUGGGUUCGCUGUUGCUCACCGCACUGAUAAUCGCCUAUGCUGGACCACAAACUGAUUGUUCGUGUGCGGGCAAAUUGUCACCGGGCUACGAAACGGAUGAAGAGAACGACACACAACCGUUCAAUCCGAUUGCGACGAAUGGUGAGCCAUAUCCAUGGCUGGAAUUGGCGCUGCCGACAAGUGCGCGCCCGUUGCGUUAUAUGGUGACAAUACAUCCCAAUCUGACGACGUUGGAUGUCAAAGGUCAAGUGACAAUUGAUCUUUUUAUGGAGAAGGAAACAAAUUUCAUAGUGCUGCAUAUACAGGACUUGAAUGUCACCGAUAGGGCCAUUGUGACGACUGGCAAUAAAGGGUAUGCCAUAAAAAUUGUCAAAGUGUUGGAGUAUCCACCGCGUCAGCAAUUGUAUAUCGAAGUGAAGGACAAAUUAAAGAAGAAAUCAAAUUAUACGCUCAACUUGCGUUGGUAUUCGAAAUUAAAUCCCGAACCGGAAGGCUUUUACGUGGAUCAAUAUGAGAGCUCGAAUGGCUUGGAGCGUUUACUGGCAGCAACAGUAUUUCGCCCGAACAGCGCGCGUCGAGCAUUUCCCUGCUUCGAUGAGCCCCAAAUACGCGCGCCAUUUCGCAUUUCAGUAUUUCGCGAUCGCUUCCAUAUUGGACUUUCCAAUUCAAUUGUGCACACAACAGAGGAUGUUGGCUUUUAUAUGGGCACGGGUUUGCUACGCGAUGACUUCAUCGAGACACCACCCCUCCCAGCCGAUGCUGUCGCUUGGGUGGUGAGCGAUUUCCAACGCGAGUCCCUUCAACCUUCACCAGCGUAUUUGCCUACCACGCCAGCGCCACCAAGCGCUACGGGUGCCAAGAAAUCAGCACAACUCAACAAUUAUACACAGAUGAAAGAAAAGAAGCCACCAGUGCGCAAUAUAACAGCGCUGACACAUUCGCUGAAUAUCAAUUUGAUGAAAAAUGCCACCACAACAACCAUUUCGCCCACUGCCGAGGCCAAUGGCAAGAAUCUGACAUCACUCAGUCAGUCGACGGGUUCGCUAAUUAAACGUGCACCCUCUUACACCUUCUAUGCGCCACGUGAUCUACUGCCACGUUCAUCUUUUAUACUACAUACAGCGCGUGACGUUUUGGAACAUCUACAAACCUGGUUGGACAUCUUAUAUCCCCUCACGAAGGUAGACUUUGUAGCGUUGCCAUCGUUGGAUCGUAAUAUCAUUUCCUCGUUGGGUUUGGUCACACUUAAGACGGCCUUUCUCACCGAUCCCGAUUCGAUAACGACUGUUGAAUAUCAGAAGAGCGCUCUGCAAGUGGCUGAGGCUAUGGUGAGACAGUUCUUUGGCGGCAUAACUUCGAGAAAAGUCUUGAAGGAUGUCUGGCUGUGGGAGGGUCUCAUCAAAUAUUUAGGCAUACAUGCACUUUCACCGCAACAAACCAAUUGGCCAUUGAAGGAAAUGUAUCUGCUGAAUAUGGCUACGGCGGCGCUAGAUAUUGACGCCAUUCAGGGUUGGGACAGCAUUAUGAAUGGCACAAAGCAUGAUGGAAAUAAUGAGGAGUUUUUUAUUGAAAAGACCGCUGCCAUAUUUUCGAUGUUGCACACGGCCAUCGGCGAGGACCGUUUUCGCGGUUGCCUUGGCGCGUUUCUAAAAAUCAAUCGUUUUAAAACUGCCGAGCCCACAGAUCUGUGGACGAUUUGCACCAAAAAAGCCAAUGGUUCUAAAAAUAUUAAGGACAUGAUGACAUUGUGGACACACCAACCGGGCUUCCCUCUACUAACUGUUACCAAAAUGGGCAACAGUAUAUCCAUAUCACAGAGACCGUUCAAACCAGCUGACUUCCUUGCCAUACAUGAUGAAACAUAUGAUGGCAAUAAUUACAAUAAAACUGUUGUGAAUGUUACUGAAACGCCGAGCACAGUGGCACCGACGCCAGCGGGUAAGGGCAAGCAGCCAACGAAGAUGAAGUGGAUCUUCCCGAUUACCUACAUAACUGAUAUUAGCAAUGCCAGCGAGACUUUGUGGUUGCAGAAUAUUGACGUCACCUUUAAUGUGCCGGAGAAUGUUAAGUGGGUAAAGGUAAAUGCCUUGCAAUCGGGUUAUUACCGCGUCUUAUAUAACGAUGACAAUUGGGCUAAUCUAAUUGAGGUGCUCUCUAACAAUCCCGAGCGGUUUUCUGCUGAGGAUCGCAUUGGUUUGCUGUCGGACUCCUUCACUCUCUGCCAUGCCAACUUAUUGCCCUGCGAGAUCACCAUGAAUAUGGUACAAUAUUUACCAAGCGAAACAAAUUGGGGUCCCAUGACUGUAGCGUUGAGACAUUUGGAAAAGUGGCGGCGCAUAUUAAAAUAUUCGGAGUGUUUCCUGAUGUUGUCCGAGUUCAUCAAAAUGAAGUUGGCUACAGUUAUUGAGAAAAUUGGCUGGAAUGAUGAUGGCGAUGAGGCGCAGAGAUUAAUGCGACCGGAAGUACUCUUGAGUUCUGUUCUAUGGGAAGACAUCGAUAGCAUAACAAAGGCCAAAAAUAUGCUUAACCAAUUUCUUUACUACAACGGCACAGCGAUACCGCCUAAUCUGAAAGAGGUCGUCUACACCGGCUCCAUACUCUCCGGUGAGUACAUUUACUGGCAACAUUGUUGGGAACGUUUCAUUACGCUACAACGCAACUCGGAGAGUUUCGUCGAACGUAUGCAAUUAUUACGUGCACUCGGCCGUACCAAAGACGCUUGGCUACAAAAUCGUCUACUCUCCCAUGUCACCAUGCUGCCAACGGUCGAAGUGGUGCAAGUACUGCAAGCGAUUGCCGGCACACCGACCGGCGGUGCAAUGGCAUGCCGCUUCCUUCAAGCCAAAUGGUUCGAGUUGGAGAAUCGACUCGGUCAUGGUACGAUAAGUUUUGCCAAAGUGAUAUCGGCGAUAACACAAUACGGUGCGACGAAGUUCGAUUAUGAUGAGCUAAAAUCACUGGUGCAUCGCUUUGGACGCGGUGCCGGCAUGGAAGUGUUGAAUAUGACACUCAGCAGCGUGGCUUCCAAUGUGGAGUGGGUGGCGCGCUCCCAGACAUCGCUAUAUAAAUGGGUGGAGAGUAAUUUGCAUUCACAUUGAUUUCGCUAAAUCAGGAUGGGCGAGAAGAUGACGACAUGAAUUUUAAUUAGUUUAAUGAUUUUUUAUUUUUAUUUUUUGUUUGUUUUUUGUUCAGAAAUCUUUAUUGACCGGCGAAAAGAGCAUGAGAAUAUAUUGUAUGUAUGUAAGAAAGAAACUAUGUUUAAGAAUCAUUGUAAAAGACAAACAUACGUACAUACAUACUUACGUGUACUAAAUAUGUAGAGUUACAUCUGUGCAUACAAACAUACUACAUCACAUG